AUGAGGAUGCUACUGGCUGUAUUCUUCUUGAUUCAAAGCUGCUACGCGGUUUAUUAUAAUUACUGCGCAUCGACCGGAACUUCCUGCACCUCCUUCCUGUCCACCUGCUCCAACGGUCUAACGUGCUUGUACCGAGACUCGCAGAAUCUCGUGUGCUGCCCGAACGCGUCGCGGUCGUGUGCAAACCUUGAUGAAGCCGGAACCAGCAUUUCCACUUGCGCCAGCGAUGCUGCGUAUUGCACGAACACUCUCUACACCUCACUGAUGAAAGAGCAGUGCCCGUCGACCUGCGGAUACUGCUCUAUCUCCUCGUCCACAGCCUGCGUUGAUCUGCUCAACCCGGACACCGGAGUAUCCGAUUGCCCAUCUCGUGCUUAUCUCUGCGACGAUGCGACCUACUAUUCCGUGAUGACCAUGCAAUGCCCUGCAACGUGUGAUCGAUGCUCAAGCUCAUACGAUACUGACUAUGAGUCUAUUUCAACUUGCGUUGAUCAGCUCAACCCUUCGACUGGAGUAUCGGACUGCCCGGCCGAUGCGUAUCUCUGCACAAAUACGAGUUUCUGCAAAAUGAAGACUGAAUUGGUCGUGCUCCUCUUCGUCCACUCUUGCGCGGGGAUCGUCUACAAUUAUUGCUCGGUGACGGGGACUUCCUGCACCGCUACUGGCGUCUGCUCCACCGGAUACACCUGCCUGUACCGUGACUCGAAGAAUAAGGUCUGCUGCCCAACGGCUUCUCGCACCUGUGCUAAUCUUCUCACCGCCGGAACCACCACUUCGACGUGCGCCGGCCAAGCAUACCUGUGCUCGAACAGCCAGUACACCGCGCUGAUGCAACAGCAGUGUCCGUCGACGUGUGGAUACUGUAGCUCCAGCUCAAUCUCCACCUCGACAACUUGCGUUGACCAGCUGAACCCGAGCACCGGAGUCUCAGAUUGCCCAUCACGCGCGUAUCUCUGCAACAAUGGUACCUACUACGACGUGAUGACCACCCAGUGCCCUGCGACUUGUGGUAGAUGCUCCAGCUCCUCGGUUAUCUCUUCCUCCACCACAUGCGUUGACCAACUGAACCCAUCUACUGGAGUGUCGGACUGCCCAGCUCGGGCCGCGUCUGGACUCUGCGCAAACUCGGUGUACAUCCCCCUGAUGACCCAGCAGUGCCCGAGGAGCUGCGGAUUCUGCUCCGGAAAG